AGGAGUAGUGGGAGAAGGUGCUAGUAAAAGGGGGUCUGGUUAGGGAGUGAUAAGGCCAAGGACAGGGCUGGGACUGAAAGAGGAGAUCUGGAAAGCUGUGGUUGAAAAGAACUGGAAACUAAGUCGAAAGGCAGAGAAGGGAGGAGAUGGGUGUGUGUGUGUGUGUGUGUGUGUGUGUGUGUGUGUGUGUGUCUUUGUGUGUUUGGGGAGAGGAAAAGGUUGAGCAUGUUGAGGAUGGAUAUAGCUUUAGAUGUUGUAAGAUCAGAGAAGAAGGAAGGCCAGAUUGGCAUGGUAGAGGUUGCAGAAAAUGGGAAAAGAAGCAGUUGGCCCUGUCUUCAUCAGUGGCUGGAGACACGGCCAGAGCGGCAAGAAUGCCCAGUGUGUAAAGCUGGGAUCAGCAGAGAAAAGGUUGUCCCUCUUUAUGGUCGAGGGAGCCAGAAGCCCCAGGACCCCAGAUUGAAAACUCCACCCCGCCCCCAGGGCCAGCGACCAGCUCCGGAGAGCAGAGGGGGAUUCCAGUCAUUUGGUGAUACCGGGGGCUUUCACUUCUCAUUUGGUGUUGGUGCUUUUCCCUUUGGCUUUUUCACCACCGUCUUCAACACCCAUGACCCAUUGCAUCGGGGUACAGGUGUGGAUCUGGGACAGGGUCACUCGGCCUCCAGCUGGCAGGACUCCCUGUUCCUGUUUCUCGCCAUCUUCUUCUUUUUCUGGCUGCUCAGUAUUUGAGUUUUGUCUCCUUCCUACCCACCUCCGGCCAGAGGAGAAUCAGUAUUGGGGGUCCUUGCUGACCCUUCCUGACUCCUGGCCCCUCCUCCCCAACCACUCCAUUUGUACUGGCUGAGGCCAACCCUGGCCACUUUCUAGGAGGGUGCGGGGAGGAGGAGUGACAGAAUAUGGAAGAACCUUCUGCUCUGAACUCACUGAGUAACAUCAUAACUCCCAGCUCUGGGACGGGAGGACAGACAGAAGAGAAUGUCUGUUUCUUCUCUCUACUGAUCCUUUGCUUCCCCCCACAUUUCUUGAUUUGGUAUUGAAAGAUGGGCAAGUCUCCCUCUGAUUCUCCCCUACUUUCCCCUUGUUGAUUUAACUUAAUUUUUCUCUCCCCAGUGUCUAUUAUGGGUUCUGACUUAAGUGCUUCCUUCCCCUCACUACCUCCUUUAUUAUAAAUUGAAUAAACAAGGUGAGAUGUA